UGUCCUAAAUCCUCAUGGUAUAUAACAGGAAAAAUAAUUCUCUGUCAGUACAGCCUGACAUAAAGACCGGAGACAUGAUGAAAUGCAUGCUGUUGAGUGCUCUCAUAGCCCUGGUGCUGACUGAGGAUCUGGUGUCUAAGCCCAAACACCUGGAAGAAGUGCCUCGGACCAAGGUUGUGGGAGGUGAUAUUGCCCUACCUAACUCCUGGCCCUGGCAGGUCUCGGUGCUGGUCAAGUCUGGUAUCUCCUUCUUCCACAACUGUGGAGGUGUUCUGAUCAGGAUGGGAUGGGUUGUGACUGCUGCUUCUUGUGUGGACAGUUCAAAAACUUUUCUGGUGGUUCUUGGAGAAUACAACCUGAACAGCAUUGAGGGAACGGAGCAGCUCAUUACCAUCAGCAGGAUAAUCAUCCACCCCCUCUGGAACAAGGACCUCGCAUCAGGGAAUGACAUCGCCCUGCUUCAACUGUCCACUGAGGCCAUCCUGAACUCUGCUGUCCAGCUGGCUGCUCUCCCUCCUUCUGAUCAGAUCCUGCCCAACAACAACCCCUGUUACAUCACUGGAUGGGGAUCCACCGUCACCGGUGGUUUUCUGUCCAUCGGCCUCAGGCAGGCUGGUCUGGCCAUCGUGGACUACCCGACCUGCUCCGGCCCUACCUGGUGGGGAGCUGUCGCCAAGCCCAAUAUGAUCUGUGCUGGUGGAGGUAGCAACUCUGGUUGUAAUAGCCUGUCAUAG